GCGCACGCUCCGCCUCCGCCAGUCGGCUCGGCGAUCUAGUGCGCGGCGUGGAGCGGGAGCCCGGGCCGGACGCGCGGCCGGGGGCCGGGGCUGGGGGCUGGGUAGAUCGGCGCCAGCCACCGGGCAAGCCUGAGCCGCAAUGGCUGAGAUGGGCAGCAAGGGGGUGACGGCGGGGAAGAUCGCCAGCAACGUGCAGAAGAAGCUCACUCGCGCGCAGGAGAAGGUCCUCCAGAAGCUGGGGAAGGCGGAUGAGACCAAGGAUGAGCAGUUUGAACAGUGUGUCCAGAAUUUCAACAAGCAGCUGACGGAGGGCACCCGGCUGCAGAAGGAUCUCCGGACCUACCUGGCCUCGGUCAAAGCCAUGCAUGAGGCCUCCAAGAAGCUGAACGAGUGCCUGCAGGAGGUGUACGAGCCUGACUGGCCUGGCAGGGAUGAGGCGAACAAGAUUGCUGAGAACAAUGACCUGCUCUGGGUGGAUUACCACCAGAAGCUGGUGGACCAGGCGCUGCUGACCAUGGACACGUACCUGGGCCAGUUCCCUGACAUCAAGUCACGCAUCGCCAAGCGCGGGCGGAAGCUGGUGGACUUCGACAGUGCCCGGCACCAUUACGAGUCCCUCCAAACGGCCAAAAAGAAGGAUGAAGCCAAAAUUGCUAAGGCCGAGGAGGAGCUCAUCAAAGCCCAGAAGGUGUUUGAGGAGAUGAAUGUGGAUCUGCAGGAGGAGCUGCCGUCCCUGUGGAACAGCCGUGUGGGUUUCUAUGUCAACACGUUUCAGAGCAUCGCAGGCCUGGAGGAGAACUUCCACAAGGAGAUGAGUAAGCUCAACCAGAACCUCAACGAUGUGCUGGUCAGCCUGGAGAAGCAGCACGGGAGCAACACCUUCACGAUCAAGGCCCAGCCCAGGCCUCCGCGUCCCGCCCGUCCCCACAGAAAGAAAACUAAACUGUUCUCCCGGCUGCGCAGAAAGAAGAACAGUGACAACGCCCCUGCGAAAGGGAACAAGAGCCCCUCUCCGCCUGAUGGCUCCCCUGCCGCCACCCCCGAGAUCAGAGUCAACCACGAGCCCGAGCCGGCUGGUGCGGCCACCCCCGGGGCCGCCCUCCCCAAAUCCCCGUCUCAGCUCCGGAAAGGCCCACCAGUCCCUCCGCCUCCCAAACACACCCCGUCCAAGGAGGUCAAGCAGGAGCAGAUCCUCAGCCUGUUUGAGGACACGUUUGUCCCUGAGAUCAGCGUGACCACCCCCUCCCAGCCCACAGAGAGUCCAGCUGGCAGCCUGCCUUCCAGGGAGCCCAGCGCUGCCGAGGGCACCUUUGCCGUGACCUGGCCCAGCCAGACGGCCGAGCCGGGGCCUGCCCAACCAGCAGAGGCCUCGGAGGUGGCGUGUGGGACCCACCCUGCGGCUGGAGCCCAGGAGCCCGGGGAGACAGCAGCAAGUGAAGCAGCCUCCAGCUCUCUCCCCGCGGUGGUGGUGGAGACCUUCUCGGCAACUGUGAACGGCACGGUGGAGGGCGGCAGCGGGGCAGGGCGCCUGGACCUGCCCCCGGGGUUCAUGUUCAAGGUGCAGGCCCAGCACGACUACACGGCCACGGACACGGACGAGCUGCAGCUCAAAGCUGGGGACGUGGUGCUCGUCAUCCCCUUCCAGAACCCGGAGGAGCAGGAUGAAGGCUGGCUCAUGGGCGUGAAGGAGAGCGACUGGAUCCUGUACAAGGAACUGGAGAAGUGCCGGGGCGUCUUCCCCGAGAACUUCACCGCGAGGGUGCAGUGAGAGCAGAGCGCCUGGCGGUGCUGCGGACGCGUGAACGGCAGCACCUUUUCCCGAAAAAUGUGUGUUUCUUUUUUUUUUUUUUCCGUUUUUGUUUUUAAACUUUUGAAAAGCAAAGGGAAAUUGAGGGGAGAGACCUAAGCCAGGAGGUGUCUUCCCAAAGAUGAGGUGGUUUUCCAAAGAGCCUGGUUUCGGCGAGUCCGGCGGAAUCGCCAGCGUUCCUGAAGCUGCUGUAUCCCCUAGUUGAGCUCCCGGCCGCCUCCCCGCCGGCGCCCGCUGGGUGGCGCCGCUGCCGCCGCCUGGGGGCCGGGCCGCGGGGCGGGGCCUGGGGGCCGCCGCGCACCACGCUUGCCUGAAGCUUGGGCCGGCCGCCCGGGCCGGGGCCCUCCUUUCCUGGCAGCUGCCGCGGGUGGCGUCCAGCGUCCCCUGAGACCUCGGGCCCAGACACCAGCCUGGCCUGGCCCUGCCCCGCAGACGUCUGUGUGCUGUUUGAAAAUAAAUCUUAGUGUUCAAAACAAAGUGAAACAAACAAAAAUGACAAAAGUA